UGUGUGUGUGUGUGAGGGAUUACCAGUGCAGGUAUUUAAAGGCUCCCUCAGAGAGAGGCAGCUCACACCAUGCAGCAGAUCUACAGCCACCGAGACGAGCAGCUCCAGGUCUUCACCACCAUCUUCUCCCCGCAGGUUUGCAGGACAAGAGCGAGACAUGUGGCGGCAGAGAAGCAGGUAGUUGUGGUGACUAAGCAGAACCGGUCUCGCUGGGCCAAGGAGCUGGACCUGGAACCGGGGGAUGUGAUCCAGGUUCUGUUUAAGGAGGACGAGUCCUGGUGGUUUGGGCGGCAGGCAGAUGGACAGGAGGGUUACUUCCCAUCAGCCUGUGUAGAGUUACUGCAGGACAGUGAGGCAUCCAAAGCCACGCCCACCCUGUUGAGGAGAGUGUCAGUGCCUGCAAUGGUUCAGUCCCGCGGCGCCCCCUGUGGCUGCACCAGCGGCCGCAGCACGCCCAGACUGCUGAGGAAGAACAGCGUCCAGCGCUCCCAGGAAUCCAGGGGGUCCGGGUCAUCCACGGCGCCCCCCAGCCUCCUCUGCAGGGUUCUGGCCAAGUCCAGGAGGAAGAGCUGCCCCCUCCUCCCCCAGCGCCACCUGGACUCCAGUUCUGAGAACAGCGCCUUCCAGCCCGAUUAGACGCCUCAGAACCGGCCCAGAUGUUUAGUUCUGAUGGUCUGUAUCAGCGCCGUCCCCUCAGGGUUCUGGUCGACCGAAAGGAACACAAUGGGUCCAGGAAGCAGGCAGCCUGAGGUCCGAGUCCCGCCUGAAUCAGAACCAGUCAUCAGAACCGCUGAUCUUAGAUCAGUCCCUGUUGGAUCGGACCUUGGUUCAGUUAGACAGACUGAGACGACCAGUGUUUCUAUCUGGGUCCUUUAUUCUCACAGAGCCAGGAUGGUCCAAUAAAAGCAGAACCACUCUUUGGUUCAGACGGGUUUGGACUCACACAGAGCUUCAUCUGGAGCGGUUCCGUCCAAACCAGCUGAAUCCAAGAGGUUCUGCUGUGGACCGCUUCAUGGACUCAACAUUCAAAGCAAAGCAUCAUCAUCAUUAAGCAAACAUUACAAUAAGGUUCUGAUUGGUUGGUUCUGAUCCAAAGUGCUUCCAAAUAAAGUGCUGUCUGAAAUAAAGAAAUGUCCCUGAGGUUUGGUCACUUGGUACGGUCCAACGACCCGGGGCGGGCCGGUACGGUCCGAUUGGACUGGGUGAGCAGCAACGUUCCAAGAAAGAAAGAAAAGUUCUGAUCCAAUCUGAUGAUCCGGCUCAGAAAACUAAUAAAAACAUUUAAAAAAGAAAACAUUUUGCUGAAGAAAGAAAAUGGCAGAGCGAGCCGCUGAAACCGCCUCCUCUGAUUGGCUGGUCGGUUGCUGGGGCGAUGAGGAGGAGGAGGAGUCCUGGUCUCCAAAGGCAGGGUUCCCCCUGGAAGACAAAGGCUGGAUGAGUGAGCUGAACCGGAACACCGGAACUGGACCUCAGCCUGUAGAACCACAGAACCCAACCCGGUCCGACUAGCAUCGCUACGGUCCUCCUCAUCCUCACAAGCAUCUUCAUCACAGUUCCACCAUGAGACACAAUAGAGGAGAAAGAAAAUGCUGAUAUUUGUUUCCCAGGAAGCAGCCAGAGGUCUGGUCCUCUAAGACCUCUGCCUCCUUCCAGAAGCUCCACUGGUUCCGUCCACAGCCUCCAAACCCAGCUGGGGUGAAGGACAGGGGCAGAACCGGACCUGCAGCAGGCUGGGAGGAGAGGUUCUACCACAGGAAGCAGGUCAGAGACCUCAGAUGAUCUCCAUCUGAGAGCCCACAUUAGACCUCCUCCUAUGGACACCGCUGAGCACAACUACAGACCUACAGCUAUGGAGCUGAGGUCCAGACAGCUGGA